AAAACAGAGAGGAAAGGAGAUAAUGUCUGAUUAUGCAUCAUUAAACUCUCUCUUCUUUCUCACCUUCUUCAUUACAAGCUUAAGAGCUUAUGCACAAUUACAAGACCCUAUUUACGUCGGCCAUGUUUGCAGUAACAGGAUAUCAACAAACACUAGUGACAACUCAAAUGUCGGAUCCGUUUUGAUUUCUCUUUCUUCAAACACUUCUCUCUUCUCCAAUGGAUCAAAUAUUAUCACAGAGGGUCAAAACCAUGACAAGGUAUUCGGAGUUUUUCUCUGCAAAGGAGAUAUCUCCGCGGAAGUUUGCCAUGAGUGCGUUGCAUUUGCUUCUAAGGCCGCUCUGAAACGAUGUCCAGGAGGGAAAGAGUUCUUGAUUCAGUAUGACGAGUGUAUGCUUGGAUACUCGGACCGGAACAUAUUCAUGGAUCCUGAUGCCACAACUGCAAUAAUCACUUGGAGCAAUCAGAAUGUUACGGCCGAGCAAUCUGGCCGGUUCAACGCUGCGGUCGUCUCACUGUUGAAAAAGUCUGCAGAGGAAGCGGCUAAUAGCAAAACAAGAAAGAAAUUUGCGGUUAAUAAAUCGGAUUUCACUUUGUCCCAAACGCUUUAUACAUCGGUUCAGUGUAUUCCUGAUCUGACUGGUGAAGACUGCUUAAGCUGUGUUCAACAGUCUAUCGGAAAACUAUAUUUCAACAAAGUCGGUGGAAGGUUUCUUGUCCCGAGUUGUAACUCAAGGUACGAGAUUUACCCUUUCUACAAUGAAACAAUAGAGGGAACUGUUCUUCCUCCCCCCGGAUCCGGCUCCUCCAUUGCCACUGGUUUCAGCUCCUCCUGGUAAGAGCUUUAUCUUAAUUCAAUUCCAUGAUAGUUAUUUUGGUUGAGACGACAUUCAAAAUUCGGGAAACUAUGUGUCAUGUCUAAUCUAAGACUUAUGCAGGAAAAGGCAAAAAUUCAACAAAGAUAAUCGUAGCAAUUGUUGUGCCGCUCGCUAUCUCUUUUCUUCUUUUUGUAGCAGUUUUUAGCUUCUAUGUAACAAAGAGAGUGAAGAAGCCUCAUGAUACAGCAGCUGAAAAGGAUGAACGGGAUGACAUUACAGCUGCAGGCUCAUUGCAGUUUGAUUUUAAGGUUGUUGAAGCUGCGACAGAUAAGUUUUCGAUAUGUAACAAACUAGGUCAAGGCGGAUUCGGACAAGUUUAUAAGGGCAUACUUCCUAAUGGAGUACAAGUUGCGGUGAAGAGACUAUCGAAAACAUCAGGACAAGGUGAAAAAGAGUUCAAGAACGAAGUUGUUG